GCGGUAUAAGUAACAAGGAAGAUCGACACUUUCAUUUCGAUUCUAAAUGAACAUUCCAUAAGAGCUAUUUUCCUGUCCUAACAUUUUUUUUUUCUGGGCAAGCGCGGUUUCGUGGUCACUCGUUUUUUAGGGGUCGGUCUAUGAGGUGGUAAGUCUCGAAAACCAUUCAUCAUCACCCAGCUGGAAAAUGUUCGUGAGAUUUGGAAAUUUCGGUAAAGUUGCACCGCUGCUCACUCAAAAUGCCCAAACGCAACAGCAGCGGGGUAUGGCCACCCUUAAGGCUAUUUCAAUCCGUUUGAAAUCAGUCAAAAACAUCCAGAAAAUUACUCAGUCCAUGAAAAUGGUGUCUGCAGCUAAAUAUGCCAGGGCUGAGAGGGAGCUCAAGGCAGUACGACCCAUUGGCGAUGGUGCUAAACAGUUUUACGAGAAAGCUGAGGUGACUCCGGUAACAGACAUCCCUCAGAAAUUGGUCAUCGCUAUGACCUCUGACAGAGGACUUUGUGGGGCUGUUCACACCAGCGUUGCUCGUUACAUUCGUGGAGAACUCAGCAAGGAUAGCGAAAACAUUAAAGUCGUUUGCGUGGGUGACAAAUCUCGAGCUAUACUGCAGCGUAUCUAUGGCAAAAACAUCAUUCUGGCUUGCAACGAAAUCGGACGUUUGCCCCCAACCUUCAUCGAUGCCUCAAAGCUAGCAGAUGCCAUCUUGAAAUCCAACUACAAGUUCAGCUCUGGUGAAAUCGUCUUCAACAGAUUCAAAUCUGUUGUGUCUUAUAAUACACAGACUCUGCCUGUCUUCAGCUUGGCCUCUGUGACGGCUGCUCCGAAACUUUCCGUGUACGAUUCUUUGGAUGAUGAAGUUAUUCAGAGUUACUUGGAAUUCUCACUUGCUUCGUUGUUGUUUUAUUCAAUGAAAGAGGGGGCCUGCAGUGAACAGUCCUCCAGGAUGACAGCUAUGGACAAUGCCAGCAAAAACGCAGGAGAGAUGAUUGACAAGCUCACUCUGACGUUCAACCGUACCAGACAGGCUGUCAUUACUAGAGAGCUGAUUGAAAUUAUUUCUGGAGCAUCGGCACUGUAGAGCAAUUAAUAUCUUUGUAAGAUGUGUCUUUCUGGCAAGUAAAUUUCUGAGAAAUGUAUCUUUAAAAUUUGGCUCAACUUAUGAAUUCAAUCUGAAAGUUCAGGUACUCCAUUUAUAUUUAAUUGAUAAAAUUAACAUUCAUCAAGGAUUUUUCAAAAAGUAUCAGCAAAUUUCAUUACUAAUGAAAAUAUAACAGCUCUGAAUUGUUGAUGUAGAAAUGAACAAAAAUGAAAGUAAGCCCAAAUUCUCUAACAUCAUUAUUUUUAUUCAUGUUUACUGUUAUAGUUCAGACUGUGAAGAUGGUAAAAUAAAGACUUGUAGAUUUUCUCAAUUUAAACAGAGGGUAUUGAUAAAUUCUGGUCCUAAAAAUCAAGAAAGGAAAACUUUUAUUAUCUUUCCAAAUUAGUUGUUAGCUCUGGUUUUAAAGAUAUCUUCUCAAAGUUUCUGUUAUGAAGACAGUUUCAAUCAGAUUUAGAGUGCUAAUAUAUAUGGUAAACAUUGUAGCUCAUUUGAAAAACUAAAUUUAAGUUUAAAAGACUAGGUGUUAGGUAAAACUAUGGUUUUUUGGUCACUUAAUUAUAAGCUCUGAUUAUUGUCACAGUGAAAAUGAAUCUGAAGAGAAAGUAAGCCCAAAUUCUCGAUAACAUCAUUUUUUCAAUUCAUAUUUACUGUAACAACUGAUUUUUGUGGAAUUGGUGAAAUGAAAUUAAAAAUCUUUGUAUAAUUUUU